AUGGCGUCUAGCUUUUCGGCGCCCUUUCGCUUCCGCGAUCUUCCCAGCGAGAUCCGGAACAAGAUCUAUCGCAACCUGCUCUGUGAGGUCUCACCUGCGCCAACCACGGUCGACACUACAGAUAUGUUUAGCUUGGCACUUAUACGUCACUCGAUCGAUAGUGCCCUCCUCCGUACGAGUACCGAAAUAUACCACGAAGCCUAUGCUGUCUUGAUCAAGACGAAUCGCUUCGUCAAGAUCACCGUAGAACGAGGAGUGCCGCUACGUCUCCUGAUUAAGGGAUUGGGGGUCCGAGUCAUAACUGAGAACAAGGCACUCGUCGAACGAUUCAAGGGAUACGUGCUUGCUGUGCAUCUUGGUCGCAAGACACCUUCACAAGUGCCAGAGGACCAUGAGAGCGCGCCAUUGUUGAAAGCGUGUAAUCUGAUGAUUCUCCAUCGUGACAUGGAAAAGUUUUGUGAGGCGUUGACGGAUGGCGACGCACACACCCCCGGUUUCAGUGAAUGUAUCCAGAUAUCGAUCACAGUGGCACCUGUUCUGAACGAAAUGCCACGUGAAAGGUACACACCUUCACUAGAAGAGUUCUUCUCGGAGAAAACUCAGGAAACACUAGUAGCGCCCUUCAGGAAGAUACUUCGAGGGUACAACGCUGUAACUUUGAAUGGUCACAUCGCUGAUGACCUUGCUAAGGCGGUUCGCGAAGAUAUGGGGCAAGAGAAGUGGUCUGAUCCGCGGAGUGUCCUAGAAGAGCUCCUCGCAGCCAAACAGAAUGGAUCCCGUCUCUUUCAAGAGCGCAAGUUCGAGGAAGCGUGCCUGUGCUGGCAAGAUGCCGUCGUCGACAUCGAAAAAAUCAUUCAAUCCAGCUCAUGGGUCACUUUAGUGCGUCGAGGUGGUGAGCCCUUCUUCUCCCAGCUCGCUGAGCUUUACUUCCUUAUGCGUCUCAACAUUGCCCACAUCGAGAUCUUCGCUAUGCAAAAGCCGGGUAAUAUCUACUUCGCUUGCUUAAUGGCCGAGGACGCUUUGAAAUCUGCCACUAGGUCUUUGAAGAAAGGGUUUUGGGCCAGAGGGUACAAAUAUCAACCUUCAAUCAAGCACUUGGCGAAGCUGUGGUAUCGUUAUGCGCUAUUCCUGAGAUUACAAGGGGAGCCAGGAACAGAGGAGCAAGCGCUGAUGCAUAUCAACAAAGCUCUACGACUACAACCAGAUGACGCUGCGAUUCUUAAAGAAAAGCAGAAUAUAUUGGCCUCGAUGCAGUAG